GCACUAGCUCUAUCUCACACACAGACUGGCACUCUCUCUCAAGACACACACCAUCUCUUUCUCUCUAACACUCUUGCACUCUCUCUCUCGCUCUCAAAGCACACAAUAGCACUCUCUCUCAAGACACACUAGCUCUCUCUCUCUCAAAACACACACACACUCACAAUACGAGAAGAUUCCCACUACUUUGCCCUCGAAUAUCCAUUCUCUUUCUCUUCAUUACACUCUCCCUCCCCCUUCUCUUGCUCUCAAUCUUGAAGGCUUCUCUUAUUCUUGCUCCCUUUCAUCUUCUCUCUCCUUUGGAUCUCUCUCUCUAACACAAAUACAGGCUCCAAGUAGACCCAUCACUUGACACCACCAUGAGAGAGCGAUUCCAGCCAUGGUCGAAACCCCUACUUGAUCAAAUUCCCUUUGAAUUGUCACACAAAGAGGACUGCAUCCCUCACUCCAAUCCCCAACAAUUCUCAUACCACAACCAUUGCUUCAAUCCUGAGACCCCAAGUGAUCUUAUCGCCGGGAGGAUGCAUUGCGAUGUGGAGAGAGAAGGUAAUAUCGGUACCCUCAUGGAGAGCCAAGGGCAUGUAGAGAGAGAUGAUGACGUUGGUGCCAUCAAAGAGAUGAUGUACAGGAUUGCUGCAAUGCGGCCGGUAGAUAUCGAUCCGAUCUCGAUCCCAAAACCCCAACGUCGAAAUGUUAGGAUCUCAAAAGACCCGCAAAGUGUGGCUGCUCGGCAUAGGAGAGAGAAAAUAAGCCAAAGGAUCAGAAUUUUGCAGAGGCUUGUACCAGGAGGGACCAAGAUGGACACAGCUUCCAUGUUAGAAGAGGCCAUUCACUAUGUUAAGUUCCUGAAGAAACAGGUGCAAGAGCUCCAGUCGAAUCAGUGCUCGCCAAGUGGAGGUGGAGGACACUUGGGACCCAUCCAUUGGUCGAUCGCUCAUGACCUCAUGCCACCUGGUGCUUCCACGGCAUCUGCGGGAGCCCCUGGUGCGAUUAACAGUGGGAUUAGUGGCUAUUGUGAUUAAGAAGUAAUUAGUGCUACUAAUCGUUGUAAUAUUAUGAAGGUGGUGAGUAGUUAAUGGAUGAUUUAUAUUUGUUCAUCAUCCAUUUGUUGAAAGACAUGGUCGUUACUAGGAAUCCUUUUGAUUGUGGAGUUCGUUAGUAAUUGAACUUAAUUGUUUAGUAUUAUUAACUAAGUAAUAUACUAGCAUGAAUCAUAGAAUAAUAGUUCUUGGU